AGUACACCACCAUCCCUGAAACGCGACCUCACUGCACCGCACACGCGUGUCGCCACGCCGACGUCGCCGAGUCAGUUUCUCUCCCGUUCCCUCCUCUGCCUCGACUCCCCUCCGAUCCUCCCCUCGCCAGCGGCUGGCCAUGGCGAACGACGGCUCGCCGCGCGGGCGCGCCGGCCGGAGGUGCGGCACGCCCACGCGCGCCGACCUCCUGGCCCUCCUCCUCGCCGCGGCGCUCUGCUCCGCGUCCUACUGCCUGGGGAUGUGGCACAACAGCCGCGGCGCCGCGGACAGCAGGGUCCUGGGGCCGGCCGCGGCCGUCACCGUCGGCGCAACGUCGUCAUGCGCGGGGGACUCCGACGAGCCGCUCGACUUCGAGGCGCACCACGCCGCCGAGGACGCCGGGCUCUCCGUGUCGGCGACGGCGGCGAGCACGGGGGCGCGGCGGGCGCUGCGCGGCGCCGCGCCCGGCAGAUCGGGGCACCGCGGCGUGCAGUGGGCGGCGCGCGUCGGCGUCGGCAGCGGCCUCCGAUUCGCGGACGCCGGCUCCGUGCGCGCGUAGGCCGACGCCGUGCGCCGCUCUGGACGUCGGAGCCGCUCUCGAUCCCAAUGCAUGGUCGUCUGUUCUGUUUGGGGGCUGUGAAUUUUUACUUUCCGGUCCCUUUUGGUCUGCUGUUUAGAGUUUUGGUAUAAUCUAGGGGAUGUCUAUAUGAAAUUUCCCCUUGCAGUUGCUGCGUUGCAACGAUAGAGACUCAUUGGAGUUUAGUUGAUCUAACCCGAGGAGCGUUUCCGAUUUUUCUUUUUUAGUGUGGUGGACGGCAGCUCUGCACUUUAGCGGGCGACCAAAUCAAGAAAGCGCUGGAAGGCCAGGAGAAGCAGUGACGUGCUCAACCAAGAGACUUCUGAGUUUUUAGUUAUGCCAUUUUUUUCUUUGCCAUUUUUUUCUAGUACUUUUAUAACUCAAUAAUGUUAAACAAGUGUGCAACACGUAUUUUCAAAUUCUUAGCACGCAGACUUCUCGCACUCUUUGUGUGACUAUUCUAAUGACACCACUACGUAAUAUAGCUAUGUUGUCAUUGUAAUCUCUUUCUUGGGAUGCCAUUUCUUAGGAGACACAAAUGCAUCUCUAUUUAUGGGUAUUCAUGAUCA